AGCAUUGACAUGAAAAUCAAGAUACCAAAAAAAGAAAAAAAUUAAAAACUAAAAUGGCACAGACAAUCAUCACAAACCAUAUUGUAAAACCAUCAUCUCCAACUCCACUCGCUUCCAAAAUCCACAAACUCUCAUUUAUUGAUCAAAUGCAAUCACCAGAAUACAUUCCCUUCAUUUUCUUAUAUGAAAACAAUCGAUCUACGUCGAAACAAGAAAUCUCGAAACGUCUGAGACAGUCUUUGUCGGAGACCCUAACCAUCUUCUACCCCAUUGCAGGCACAGUUGUACAAAACUCGCACGUUGAUUGCGACGACACGGGCGCGGAGUUUGUCGAAGCCCGGGUUCACGCUCCCCUCUCACACUUCACACAAAACCCUAAUUUUGAGGAAUUGGUGAUGCAGUUGUUCCCCAUGGCGGACGGGACCGAAACCCGAAACCUGUCUGUGAAGAUCAGUUUCUUCGAGUGUGGAGGAUUCGCCGUUGGCUUGUUUCUGUCACAUAAGCUAGUGGAUGGGUCGUCUGCAGCGGCGUUCAUCCGCGCGUGGGGGAAGACCUGCUGCAGGGAAGCUUCUGGAAUCAUCCACCGGUCCCGUGGGCAGACACACUUAAGUGUCCACCCCUCCUUCGACAUGGCGCAUCCAUUUCCCGCCCUCGCACUUUGCCUCCGCCCUCGAUGUACCUUGGAGUCCCGAGAGAGAAAAUUACAACGGGAGGUUGGUUUUCGACAAGGAGAAGGUGGAGAUGAUCAGGAAGCUGGAAGCUUCUAG